GAAGGAGGAGCCUGCGGGGAAUGAGGCGAAGCCGGUGUCGGCUGUUGCUGCUGCCCGGCGCGGCGCCGGCGCCCGACUGGACACUGGCAGGAGUGAGACCCGACGGAGGGGCCGCCGCCGCCGGGCUGGGAGCUCCGUCUCCGCGAAGGGUCCGCCAUGAGGGGAAUGCUGCUGCUGCUGCCGCCGCUCCUCCUCCGCCGGCCUCUGCCACCUCCGGGGCUGAGAAGGCUUUGCAGCGCCGCCGCCGCCUCGGCUGCUCCUGCCGCCCGGGCCCCGGGGAGCGAGGCGGGCUCGCAGCUCAACAUACAACCUACCUUUGGCUUUCUGUUUGACAUUGAUGGAGUAUUGGUACGAGGAAAGACACCAAUUCCAGGCGCAAGAAAAGCCUUUCAAAAACUACUUAAUUCUCAGGGAGAGUUUUCGGUUCCUGUAGUAUUUGUCACAAAUGCAGGAAACUGCCUUCGUCAGAAGAAAGCAGACCAGUUGUCUCAUAUUCUUGGAGUGCCAAUUUCCCAAGACCAAGUCAUGAUGUCCCACAGUCCUUUGCGAAUGUUCAGACGUUACCAUGACAAAUGUGUUCUUGUGUCUGGACAAGGGCCUCUUCUUGAUAUUGCUAAGCAUGUUGGAUUUUGUCAGCCUAUUACAAUCGACAGGCUGCGAGAAAACUUCCCCUUAUUGGACAUGGUUGACCAUGACAGAAGACCUAAAGUUUCACAUCCGCCUGAAGUGGAACUUCCCAAGAUUGAGGCGAUUGUUCUAUUUGGUGAGCCAGUGAGAUGGGAAACGAACCUGCAGUUGAUCAUAGAUGUUCUUUUGACAAGUGGCUAUCCUGGGAAUCCAUAUGCUCAGGCAACUCACCCACAUAUUCCUGUACUGGCUUGCAACAUGGAUCUAAUGUGGAUGGCUGAAGCCCAGUCUCCAAGGUUUGGGCAUGGAACAUUCAUGGUUUGUUUGGAAAACAUUUACAAAAAGAUCACUGGCAAAGAGCUGAAAUAUGAGGCUUUGAUGGGAAAGCCUAGUGAACUGACCUAUCACUAUGCAGAAUACCUGAUCAGGACACAAGCAACUGCAAAACAAUGGAAGAAGCCUAUUCAAACCCUCUAUGCCAUUGGGGAUAACCUAAUGACAGAUAUUUAUGGUGCUAAUCUUUACAACCGCUACCUUCAAGAAAAGAACUCGAGACGAGGUUCCAAGGCACGUAUCCAGGCCAAAGCUGCCGGGGGCUCAAGAUCUGCCACAGUCUCUCAGGAAGAAGAACUCGAAAACACUUGGGAAAGUGAAUUAGCAUCUGCGACUGCCACAAGCUGUAGGUCUGUCCUUGUUUGCACCGGAGUUUACAACCCUCACACAGAGGUGCCCUCUGACACGAGGGAGUGCAUAACUGAGACUGUGUUUCAUGGGCACAGGGAUUUUAGGUUUGAUCCUGCUUUAGUAGAACCAAACCACAUUGUUCCAGAUGUUGAAGCUGCUGUCGACUUAAUCUUCCAGCUAGAGAACUUUGCACCAAAUGAAAAUUACAGGACUCCUUAAUGACUUUCUUAACAUUGUGUAUUCUGUGUACUUUUUCUUCCUGAAAAACCAAACGGAAGCACUUAGUGGCAUAUCCUUCCUAACAUGUUUAUAUUUUUAUAUGUAACACUUCUAAUACACUCCUGCUUGUUCUAACAGCACCUUCCUAUGAUAUCUAACUUCGGUUUCUGUGCUCUGAUAUCCCUUUGCGUCCAACACCCUUACUAUGGACUGUGCUUUUUAUAUGAAUUGUUUUUUGCAUGCUGACUUCACUAUUUAGCCACAGAGUUAAAUUUAAUGCUCUGAACAGUGAGGAAGAACAUCAGCUGUGUUCAGCAGUCAAGGCAAGUCUGUUUUAGAUAGUGUGUAAUGAACUCUAUGCAGUUCUGAGUUUAAAGCAGGGGUGGCUAUCCUCCCAGAUCCUGUUGUACUCCAGU